AUGUACCUAGGGAUACCUGCCACUUGGGGUAGAGCAAAAUCUCAAUCUUUAAACUGGAUCAUGGAGAGGGUCCAAGAUAAGGUUGCGGAAUGGAAAGAAUCCCUCUUAAAUCAAGCCGGUAAAGAGAUCCUAGUUAAGGCUGUGAUACAAGCUAUUCCGACCUAUGCGAUGACCAUCCUCAAAUUUCCCAUGAGCUUCUGCAAGAAACUUAACGCUUUAGUUGGCAAUUUUUGGUGGAGCAGAAAUCACAACAAGAGAGGGGUGCACUGGCGAAAAUGGGAGGAGAUUACCAAAAGUAAGGCAGAGGGUGGCAUGGGUUUCAGGGACUUCCCUCUUCAGAAUCUGGCUCACAUCAGCAAACAGGAUUUCCUAUCGGCCCCCAAAGUUAAAUGUGCAUCUUGGACCUGGACUAGCAUUGAGGAAGGUAGAAAAUUUAUUCUGGCCAACUGCAGAUGGGGUGUGGCGAAGGGAGACAAAAUCAGUGUAUGGAGGGAUUCCUGGCUAUGGAAUGGGACCAAUCUCCAGGCUUGGGAUAAUGGGCAUGACCCGAUGGUUAAGGAUCUUAUUGCUCAAGGUAACAGGAAAUGGGACACAAGGAAAAUUCACGCCUUAUUACCGGCUAGCCAAGCCACUCUUGUGCUUCAAACGCCCUUGGGCCUUGUGGGGGAAGAGGACAAAUUGAUUUGGCCUUUCAACAAGUCUGGCAAUUACUGCAUUAGGACGGGAUACCAUGUUGCCAGAACCUCUAAACCACAACCUCCUUCAGGACCAAGCUCCUCCACCUCUGCCCCAAAGGAUCUCUGCCCGACAAUUUGGGGAUGCCAGGCUCCACAAAAACUAAAACUUUUCCUCUGGAAGGCUAGCACUAACUCACUGGUAGUCAAAAGGAAUCUCUUUAGAAGGAAAAUGGCGAGUAGCGACCUAUUUCCUAUCUGGAAUGAGGCAUCAGAGACUGUGGAGCAUGUGUUGCUCUUGUGCCCUUUGACUCGCGCUGUAUGGUUUGGCUCCCCUCUACAAAUCACAAUUUCCCUGGAUAACCUCUCCAGGUUUGAUCUCUGGUUCUUGCAAAUGGUCAAUAAGUUUAAACAACUUACUGCAGAAGGCUCUGAACUUGCCAUGCUUAUUAGCUUUCUUUGGGCCAUAUGGAAGGGUAGAAACAAUGCCGUGUUCCAGUCAGUAACACCCAACCCUUCUCAGACAAUUAGGCAAGCUUUAAUCAACUGGCAAGACCGCCUUAACACGGCGGAAGUUACCCCGCCUGAGAGCACGAGCAACCAGGGACGAGUCAGGAGAAAUCGAGCUGCUCACUGGAUGCCCCCUCCCCCAGGUACAAUCAAGAUUAAUACUGAUGCUGGCUGGGCAAAAGAUCAACCCCUCGCUUCACUGGCCUUCCUUGCCAGGGAUCAUAGUGGCCAAAUCCUAAUUGGUGGUACUGCGGGAAUCCUAGCUGCCUCACCUCUAGUAGCUGAAACAGAGGCCCUUAGAGAAGCCAUGAUCAUGGCAUCCAACCUCAAUUGGGGGAAUGUACACUUCGAGUCUGACUGCCAGUUGCUGAUCGAUACCUGCAAUGGAAAGAAGUUAGGCGAAAACCAAAUUAUCUUGGAAGACAUCCAACUCCUGAAGGCAAAUUUCCAAUCGUGCUUAUUCCUUUGGGUUCCCCGAGAGGUGAACCAAGCAGCGGACAACAUUGCUAUGCUCCAUCAACAGCACAGCCUGCCGAGCAAUUGGACAUUCAAUCUUCCACCCUUGUUGGCCAGAAUCAUCAAACGAGACAGAGAUCGCUUGGAUUUGAGGAUCCCGCAUGACCCCAGAAGAUUAAUGUCUUUCGACCCAAGAGGCAUGGGCAGUUAA